AUGGCCACAGAUGGAAGACUUAGGAGGUUUCCAAGGUUUUUUGUCUUUAAGGGAUGUAUGUUUUAUUUUAAAUUAUUUAAAUUGUUUUCUAUAUUCCAUUUAAAAUUUUACACAGCAUUAGUUUACGAUCAAAAAUUUUAUAGAAAAUAA